AUUUAACCCCACAGGGUCAUUGCCGCUCAAGGCAUCAAGGCAGACGGUCUGGCCUAGCUCUCCMAGCCAGCCAAAGUACAUCGAUCUUAAGUUUCCAUCGCUUGUUUACCAUGAAAAUGAAGGGAGCGCUGUUACUUUUGGCGGUGGUGUUUCUUGCCUUUGAUAAAGGAUUUUGUCAGAGACGCGCUCGAGAGGAAAAGUUCACUCGUUUUACAUUGAUUUGUCCGAAGGAGUGUGAAUGUUGGAAAGAGAUUUCACCUCAGGAUUCAAGUUCUGGUGUGUUGGUCAACUGUACAARUAGGAAACUCAAGCAAUUCCCGUCUCCACUGCCAGCCUCGACGAUAACCUURCUUUUGGACCGAAACAGGAUCUCAGAACUCAGAAGUGAGGAUUUCAGGAGCGUCAAGAAACUACGAACUUUGAAUUUGGAAGGAAACCGACUGAGAAAACUACAGCUUGCUUCGUUUGCUUUUUUGCCGUCRCUGACUAAUUUGAAUCUAAGGAAAAAUCGAAUCAGCGAAAUUCAUUUCGGAUUUUUGCGCAACACAGGAGGAGUCAGAAUUUUACAAUGUCAGGAACAAGUAAAAAGACAUUAUUAUUUUUAUUGCUUGUUGUUGUUACUAUUCAUGAAACUUUUCUUGCAUUUUAGGAAUUUAAAUCGUAACUUGAUUGACAAUAUUGAGCCACGUAGUUUCCAACGCCAGAAUUCCCUUGAAAUAUUGACGCUGAUUGACAAUCGACUGACAAAAGUAUCGAACACUAUGCUAAUGGGACUUAAUUCUCUGAAAAAACUGUAUCUUUACGCCAACCGUCUAACCUCUAUAGAGCCGAAUUUAUUUGUGGGUUUGGGAAAGCUUAAAGUGCUACAUCUAGGUGUCAAUAGUAUCCGAUACAUUGCCGACAAUUCCUUUAUUGAUCUCAGAGCUUUAACAACUUUGUAUUUGGACUCCAAUAAACUCACUACGAUUUCCAAAUGGAUCUUUUCUGGGCUUCGUCAAGUUAGAGAUUUGCAGUUGUAUUUCAAUGACAUUUCUUUCGUCGCCAAAGAUGCCUUUGCUGAACUAAUCAUGCUGAACCGACUGGUAUGGGACAUACCAUUUUACUUCCGUCAACGCGUGGAGUACGCCAAUGCAAUAGGAAACAGCCUGCACUGCGAUUGCAAUGCAUUGUGGUUACGUAAGUGGCUAAAACGAACAAGAAAGUCAUUAAUAACGUGUCAGUCUCCACCUGCACUUAAAGGGGUUCCUUUGAUCACUGUCAAUGACUCCGACACAGUAUGUGAGCGAGUACACGUCUCUGUGAGCCCUAAACGAUUACUCGUAAUAUACGGCGAGGAUGCUACACUUGACUGCAGAGCCAAGCCAGGUGCGACUUACUCGUGGACCUUGAACGGCUCAGCCUUGAAGCUCGACAACCUCCAUAUUGUCAAUCCUCUGGGGACUCUUCUUAUUAAAUCGGUUUCUAAAAGAGAUGUCGGUCAGUACGCUUGUGUUGCGACUAACGCGGCUGGGUCUUCUGCUGCUGCUGCAGAACUAUACAUUGGAGAGAGGCCAGUUUUUACCGUCUUACCGGAAGUCGUCGAUGUUGAAGAACCAGUCAAACCAGUUAUCUUCAAGUGCAGUGCUCAAGGAAUUCCCAAGCCCAAAAUCACUUGGUUCAAGGAAGAACUACAGAUCCGCGUCGCUUCUGAAGACAGCUCUGACUUCCACAUCAACUCGGAUGGAGCUCUUACGUUCCUUGGAAAGAGGCACCAUAUUACGGAAGAGGGACACUUGAUUAUUCUAAAUCCUCGUGGAGGUGACGAGGGGUCGUAUACAUGUGUAGCACAGAACGAAGUAGGAAAGAUUUCACACAAGACGUCACUCUAUGUUGAUAUGAGUUCUAAAUGUCGGUACGCGUGCGGCACAGGUGAGGUUUGCCAACCUUCUGCGUAUUCCUGUGUUUGCAAGGAUGGCUUCCGCAAGGAUGGAGAACAUUGUGUAGAAUAUAAGAAGACAACACCAAGACCGUACGUCCCGCCGAAACGCGUAACUGGGACUGGCUCUGGUUCUGGUGCGGGAUCAGCCGUGGGAUCUGCUGUGGGAUCUGCUACGGGAUCCGGGACGGGACCAGACACCGGUACAGUCACGGGGACCACUACAGGUUCAGGCACAGUCACAGGUACAUCUGGCGAUGGCUCCGGUGUUUCACCACAAGUUAGCGGUGAGAGUUCUGGUGGUGGAUCUGGUUCACCGGAGGUGAGCUCCGCUACUGGCGGGGAGAAAAAACCUCCGAUCGACCAAGAAGAAUCGGGGGAUGAAGUACCUACCCGGCCAAGCACUCGCAAGCCUUCAAAUCAUGGUACCAACGUGCCUACUUCUAGCAGUUCAAAAUUACCAAACAAACCAAAGAAAAUCAUCGAUAUUGAUGGAAGUUCAAGCGGCAGCGCCGAACAAGACAAAAUCGAUGCUGGAAGCACAGAUGAUAAAGAUGACACCGGAAGUACCGAGAAAGACAAAGAUGAUACCGGAAGUACAGAUGGGAUAGAUGAUACCGGAAGCGGAAGUGGAGAGAYUGAAGAUGGAUUCGUAGAAGACUUGAUGCCAAAACGAACAAACCUCUUCCCUACUCCUGUUGUUGGCUACAGCAGAUCAAGAAUUAGACCCCUUGGCCGACCACCGACAUAGGAAUACUGAAUUGCAUACCAGAGAAAAGAUAACUGCCUUGGAAAGACAGAAUACCCUUAAAUCGUGACGACUAUGCAAAUUAGAUACUUGCACGAGGGGAUAGGAGGAUAGGCAUAUAUUUUGUAAGAGUCUAGACAAAACAGCAAUUUUUGAGUGGAGUUCUACCCAUACAACACAAAUUYCAGAUAGAGUGCAUGUAUGAUAUAUCUGUAAAACAAUUACUAAGUGGAGUAUAAUAGUUUUAUAUAAUAAGAAUUUAACUCAGGUAUAAGCUGCACAAAAAUGUGAUUGAGGUAUUUGGUUUUGUAUUUGGUCACUGUUCUUUUCCAGUAAUAUCCACUUUUUUGGUAUAAAAGAAUGCAAUAGGUCGUUUAAAUGAUGGCAUCAUUUUACUAUCACUACCAAAAUGCUUUGUGAAUUUUCUUUCUUAUUCAAAUUUUUAUUCCCUUAUGAGAAAAGAAAAACAAUUGGUGCUAAUUAACUGAACAAAAGAAAGUGUGCAAGGGAUUCUGGUAGUGGUAGUAAAUGAUGCCAUAAUGCAAGUGUCCUAUUUCACAAUACGUCUCAGGGCUUAAAUAAUGGCUACUCAUUCUCUGGCCAUUAUUUUAAGCCCUGUGUUUUGUUUUGUUUCAUGUAUUAUAUAGAAUGCACUCUUCCACCUUAUAUCUUUCUCCCUUUUUACACUAACGUGAAGCAACAAGUGUAGUUUUAAAAAUAAGGGGAAAAAAUAAGGGGAAAAAAUAAGGGUCAUACAGUUUUGAUAUCUACAAAACCAUAUGACUAGUGAAACCUAUUAGUUCGCUAGCCUUAAGUCUAUGAAAGAAAAAAACAAUUUUAGCCCUGUAGGGGAAUACAUUAUGAGUCAUGUAUUAUCGCAGUACUAGUUAUACUGCUCUCAAUUCUAAAGUUCAAAUGAAAUCAAUAAAAUGAUUUUUAUUAUUA